GCUAAAAUAGAAAUGCCAUGGAAAGUUGCUUAUGUUUUUGGUGUGCAUUAUUAAAAGCAAAAGAUUGAGUGACCUAUUUCAAAAAUACCAACCCUACUAGAGCACCCACCCUAGUCUUCUCAUUCACUCAACAUACAUCUCACAUUCUCACCUUACACAAAAAAGAAGUUUCAAAAGCAGAACAAAAAACACCACUACAACUUCCUGUCAAGUAACAAUGUACCCUAGUGGAAACCACAUGGCCGUCGAUGACCAUCGUGGCUCCGCCCCCUACGGUAUUCUGCUAGUGGUAGUGGUAGUACUGCUGGUGGUUGUUCCCUCAAUUCUUGGCGAGCAAGGUGAGGCCUUGACGGAGUUUAUAGCUGAGCUCUUAAGUCCAGUUGGUCUUUUUCUACUGCCCAUUAUACUGCUACUUACUAUACAGUUUCUCUCAUCUGAAAGUGGCUCUUUUGUAUCAAGUCUUUUCUCUUCUGGAGGACCUGAAUCCAUACACCGGGCCAGUGGAUCGCCCAUCGGAGUUGCUCUGUUUCUUGUUCUGGUUCUUUUCUUGCUGUACAACAGGAUUUCCAUUUUUGGUGGUGGUGAUGAUGAUUCAGACGAAUGAUCAUGAGUCUAUAUCUCUCUAUAUAUAUUACUACGUAUCGCUACAGCUUAAACCUCUCUAUUUAGAGAUUCUACAAGUGUAAAUCUACAUAUACAGAGAUUAAAUCCAUAUUCACUUUCUUUACAUUAGUUUCCCAGGAAGGAGCAGUGAACAAUGAAGAAUGUUCUAAUGCUAAUGUAUUGGCUUUAACGCAUUCUGAAAAAUUUCUUCCUUCUUCCGCUGUAAUAGUAUCUUCAAAUUUUUUCAAAUAAUUGUUAUGCAACGAACUUACUGGAUUCAA